AUGACGUCUCCGUCAGCGCCAUGUCCCCCUCCCAGUCCUCCCAAACCGAUCCUGUCUGAAACUGACACAACGCUUAGGGUGUCAUCGCCAAUAACAUCAAUGCCGAAGAGAACACCAUCAUGGAAUACAACAACUUCUGAACCUGACACCUCAGCGGAAGAAUACAAAAUGUUUAUCACCCUCGUCUUUGGAGUUUCUCUCUUCGGGGCAUCAACCUUUGCUGUAGCAAUCGGUCAGAUGACAGAUCCGGCAGACAUAUGGGAACCCGAAAAGCCUCCAUUCUCUAUGGAAAGGGUUCGAAAUUUCCUAGGAGCUGCCUGGCUUUGUUUUAUUCUUGCGAUUGCUGUUGCUGGCUUCAGCUCGAGUCUAUUGACACUCCUCAAACAUCAUGCGAACAGAGCUGGGAUGGAUGGCCAAAAAAUGUGGAAGACUAUCGCAAUUACUACUUCUGUACUUCUAUGGACAUUGCUAGCAGUGGCUUUCCUGUUCUUGUCUCUGGCUAUGGUGCCAUAUGCCUACAUCCCAGGAUGGAUCGCUGUGGCAUCUGCAAUCCUGUUCAGUAUUGGUAUGGCGUGCUUGUUAUGUUUCCAGGUCCGGUAUGCACGAUCGACAGCUAUCAAAAUGUGCAUAUAA